AUGACGACUGAGUCCACGUACUCCGCCGCUUCUCCCGCAUCUUCAUCUUCUUCCUCCAAUCCCCGCAAGCGGGCUCGCCCUUCAGACAUGAGUCCCGAGGAACGUAAGGAAGCCCGAGCUCAACGAAAUCGUAUCGCUGCCCAGUGCUCUCGAGACCGCAGGAAACAACAGUUUGCGGAUCUCGAGGCACGGGUGCAGGAGCUUGAGGAGGAGAACCGAAGACUUCGCGCCGGAGCCGUCGUCGAGCCACGAAAACCUAAAGUAGAACAGAAGUCAAAUGAACAAGAGUGCCGAGAGAAAGAGAAUGAGGAGCUGAGGGAACGGGUGCGCCAACUAGAGAAGGCCUGGGAAAAUGUUUCGUUAUUACUAUCUAGUAUCGGAGCAAAUACGAACGGGUUAAACCCCCUUCAAUCCCUAGCCGUCUCGCCCAAUACCCUUUCCUCUAGCAUAAACACAGUACCCCACGAACGAGUCGGCUCGCCACCUAGCACGGGUGGCGUGCGGAGGGAACUCUUCACUGAGCGUUUCUCCGUCCCUGCAGCGGGCCAACUCGACCUCGCCUUCCAUGUUCCAACAGAACUUGACACCCCCCUCCCUUCCAACCCCCCAAACCCUACACAACAAAUUACCAAUGAAAAUGUCCUUGACGACGAGUGGCUUAGCGCCGUUCUCCAACCUUCGGCGCUCGACCAGGAGACCUCUGGGUCGCCAUGGAACACCCCGUCCGCCGGAUCGGUCGCGGAUUCGGAUCCAAUUAUGUCGCCGUUGAUCAUGGACGACUUGAACACAUCGAUAGAGAAUGGCGAAGUCGAGAUGGAGAGGUUAUUAAAGAUGUUACCCGAGGAAGGUGUGGAUCUUCGAUUUGACUCCCUCGGGGGUCAGGAGCAAUCCAAUAUCUCUCCUUUGGUAGAGUGGACGUGGUUAGGUGAGAGCGCGACCGAGGUUGUCGGUGCGUUCUAG